ACAGAAAGACAGACAUGGUCAGAUCUGAACCUGAAUACAAUCCAUAGAAAAUCCAAAACCUUCCAAGAUUCAUCCCUCCUGUUCCCCAGUUUUUCGCGGCUAGUAGACGGAUAACGCCGCCGCCGUGCUGUGUCUAAUCCAGCACGGCCCGACGCCCCACAUCGUCCCUCGUAGCGCUAUGGCCCAUUGGUCUAACAAGUCAUACCAAUUGAGAUGGCUUGUAUAAGAUGAAUGCCAGUGAUCAUUUGUCCGAUUGAUUAACUGUCUCUUUUUUCUCUUAUUCUCUCACUGACGUUAGCAUGCACUGAUGGUUUGUUGAAGAUCUCACUAGAGUUAGACAGCCGCCCGUAUGCGCCGGCAUAGUCGGACCACAGGUGUGCUACGUGGCAUAGGAGCCUGCAUGUUUGUUUUUAUAGAUUUGAUUUCUUUGUUCUAUCUAUUUGUCUGCAAGGGGGUUUCGGUUUCAUCGUAUAAUGAGCAGUCAACUGCUUUAUCUAGCAGGGAGGGGGGGAGUUCCUUGUGAC